UCUCUCUCAAAUAAAUAAAAUCUUUAAAUUAAAAAAAAAGAAAGAAAGAAGGAAAAGGAAGAACUGAGGUUUCUGCGUAGAAUAAAGAGACUGUGGAGAGGAAAGGAGUGAAAGUUGUAGCGGGGGAGUGCUGGAUUAGAGGGCGGAAGAGCCUCACUAGCCUUGCUGCUGACAGGAAGGUGUUUGGCCUCACUUCCUCCUCUGUAGGCACAGAGUGUAAUCCCUGCCUCCUCUGACAGGGAUGUUGUGGGGAUCAGGUGAGAUGAUGUGUCGGAAAGUACUUUGUAAUUUAUAGAGUGCUUUGCGAAGACAAGAUACUCCAUCAUUAGAUUCCAGACUAAAAUGGAGCCUGAUUAUAAUGGCAUGACCGGGAUCCAUGCUGUGAGAGGAUGUUAAAAGGAGGCCCCUUGGGUAUCUGUAGGGACACCUGGGUAAAGACAGGCCUGCGUGAUACCAGGUAUCGUGUUGUAAUGGGGUGUGUAGUGCUGGGGCAUCAGUGUGUCCUCAAAAAUUGAGGGCUUGGAAAGAAUUGCUCCAAGUAGUCACAGAGUGUAAAAUUGAUACCUUGACCACCCUUCCAGAGGAUACACAGGCCAAAUCUGCAAUUUACAACUUUCAUAGGAGGAUUUGAUGGAGCUGAAAUAAAAUAGGAACUUUCAUAGUCUAAGGGUUACCCAAGAAAAACUAUUACCAAGCAGCAAAUCCCCAGAAAAGUCUGUCUGAGCCACCCUGAACGCAGGCCUUGUAGUGGGUCAGAUCUUAUUCCCAGUUAAGAGCCUGAGGGGGCUCGGAGGGGCCGGUGGUGUGCACAGCAAGAGCCUGGCUUAAGUCUCUGGGCCCCACCGUUGACCUGGAGCGAGUUACUUAACUUGAUGUGCCUGCAGUUCCUCAGCUGUAAAUGAGGGUCAUAAUAGUAACCUGCCCCACAGGGUUGUUGAGAGGAUUAAAUAAGUUCUACCUCACUUAGAACAAUGCCUGCCAGAUAAGUUCCCAAGAAUUAGUUUAUUUUUUGUACUGGUUUUAUGUUCCUUGUAACAACCUGGUGUUACCCCAUUGGGUGACUCCAGUGCUCGUUAAGUACAUUUCAAGUUUCAAAGACUCCCUUCCCAUCAUUGGAUUAUUGUGCUCCUUGUUAAGAUUAGAAUAGAACCCACGUAUUUUUUCCAUUUGGAAAUGUGUAUGUUUAUUAUGUGUAUGUCUAAAAGGAAUAAUAUUUUGCAAUCCCGUGCGUGUGUGGCUCCUGACCAUAGCAUCUGUAGGAAGAGCACAAAGGACAAGAGCCUGUGUCCCUGCCGUGGUAUCCUGCCUCCGCGCGAAGGCCGCGUAGGACACCAAGUGAAUCAAAAGGCUAUUGAUGACGAUGGCCGUGGAACGAAUAGGUUUUUUGUUAGUUUGCUGUUUCUUAAAAUACUCAGCUAGAAAAUACUCUGAAUUAUUCCACAAAUUAUGUCACUCAGCUUUGCUUUUGACAGUCGGAAGAUAAAUUAUUUUUCUUGUUGCCCCAGUUUUUACCACCUACAAGUGGACUGUUCCAUGCUUGCCCACUGAAGGCAGAUGGAUGCUGCCAGGGACGAGAUAUCCAUCCUCACGCCACAGAGCGGCGUUGCUCUGGGUCCUGAAACCCUCGUGUUUACCUUGAAUUCAUGCAGAAGCAUUUCAGUGACCUUUUUUCCCGUAACUUAACAUGAAAGAUGUGAAAGUCCUCUGUGCUCUUCAUGUGAAGGCCAUGCAUGUGGAGGAUGUAAUGUAAUAUAGCAGGGGAUCGCGAAGGAAAUUUCUGCCUGCCUCCCCCUUCCUUCCCCCAAAUCAUGGUCUGUUAGGGUGAAAUCCAAGAAAAACCCUGAAUUUGGGCCUUGCUUGGAUUGUGAAGAGUCCUUUAAUCAGUAAGUCUUCUCAUGUUAUUAGUCAAAGUGAAAAUUCUGUAAAACAGCCACACUAGAUGUUCAGUGUGUCAAACAGCUGAGCUGCUAAAGCUUUAGACAUGAAUCACAGUAAAAAUGAUGGGAUUUUAGUUUUGUUUUAAUAUUCUCAAAGGUGAUUAUUUUAGGCAUUUUCAGACUGAAGGUAAAUGUGCAGGUGGUGGUUUCUGUGGGGAGGAUCUAAAAUCAUUUUUUUUUUAAAUAAAAAAUAAAAUCAUGGAAUUUGUCACGUUCCAAAAUCAGUUUUUGGUUUUUUGGUUUUGCUUUUUGCUUUUUAACAAAUCUUGGCUCUGAAUAGGAUUAUCUUCUAUCUCUUUUGGUAAGGAAAUUGUCGUGUAGGUGGUUGUUAAAUAAGGUUGAAAAGACCAUUUAUCACCCUGAAUAAACAGAAAUCAGAAAUCAGGUUCUAAAACCAGAUUGAAAGAAGGAAAUUACAUCACACUUUUAAAUAAGGAAGCACUGGGCAGAACUGGGUGAGUUGUAUGACAAAAAUGUGCCCCUCCUCCUCUUGGGGAUUGCUUUUGAGAUUUAUUAAUGAGAUCUGCUGGAAGGUAAGCACAUCUAGGUUAUAGUCUUAAGGUAGCCUGGUUUUAAAAAAAAAAAGUUUCAAAGUGACUUUCCUCAAUGUAAAGGCAUGUGAUUUCAUUUUAAUAAAGCAUCUGUGGUAUGCUUUUUGGUGUAGCCUUUUUUGGUUUUGUUUAAGGAAAGUGACCUUAACUUUAGCAACAAGAACAGUAGAUGCAGAAGGAAUAGUGUGGAAGAGAAGGUGAAAUUCAUUAUUUUCAGAAAGCUCUCCCCCAGGUGCUUAGGUGAAUGUAUAGUAAUAGAAACCAACUGAGAAAGUUACAUUGUUAAUCACUUAAGCUUAGAGUUUUCACCCAGUCUGUAUACUGUCCACUUCGGACUUUGUAUGUCAAUGAAAUGAGAAUCCCUUGCCUGCUUCUUACCUAAAUUUGUCACAUUAUCGGGAGGUGUGAGCCCAUGUUAGGUUUAUCCCUUAGUUCUUCAUUGAUUUACAGGAAACAUGAGUCUGUCAUGUCAUUAUUUUUUUAGAAGUGAGAGGACUUUUUUUCUCAAUAUCCGUUUAGUAAAUAUUUAUCAGAAAUGAGUGACACCAGGAUCUACACAGGAGGUGGGGAAAGUCUCCAAAGAUUUGGAGGAUGGGCAAGAAGACACAAAAUAACCCAAGAACAUGGGGACCCUGUGCCGGCUUUUCAGCAGGGAGCCAGGUAGUGGACAAGGUGGUGUGACAAAUGGCCUCCAAGGAAAAGGUGCAUUCUAACAGAGAUGAGGGAAAAGAGCAGGAGCUUGAAAAAGGUGGGUCAGGGCCUGCCUUGUUAGAGAGGCCUUACCGCCAGCCUGCAGAGCCUUACUUUAGAAGCCUCUGAAGAUUGGAAGAUCUGAAUUUGCUCUCCAGUUCAGGAAUACGGAUCUGGUUCUGGUGUGUGGGGUGGAUCAGAUAUUCUCAGACCCAGGACGGAAGGGAGGCUUGGGAGCAGGGCAGAAGCAGGCAGUGGAACUGGGUGAUCGAAUGUGCAUCGGUCCUGGCUCAGGUUAUGAAAAAUGGUGCCUGUGGGAGAAGCGGCAUCCUUGCAGACCCUGAACUGGUUUGGGAAGGGGGCCGGGGGUGUGAAGUAAGUGACAGGAGUUUGGUUUGUAGUGUUGCAGAUGCCAGAGGGCCCUCCAAGUGGAAAGAUAAUCACCAGACAAUAGGAAAUGCAAAGUGGAAGCUUGAGUCAGGGCUCCAGUCAAGACUCAGGAGAUGGAGUUGUCUUCUUGUCGUAGUAGAAGUAGAUACAAACUCAAGGAGCGGGGUGGGGGGGGGGGAGUUGCAGGGAGAGCAAAGCAGAGGACGGCUGCAAGAAACAGAUGGUUUCAGGGGGUACUACUUUUUGUCUUGAACUUUAAAAAAAGUGAGGUUAGUAGGAAACAGUUCACAUCUGGGAUUGGUAUUUAACUGCACUUCUGACACACUGAAAAGGCUAAAGAUUAGUUGAUGAAUUUUGGGGAAGUUCUUUUGCCCAAGGUCAUUCCGAUCCUGUUGGACACCGCACUGCCUGGAUUCACAUCCGCUCUCAUAGUUUGCAUUUCAUAACAGAAUGCCGUCUUGUGCUGAGAGAUGCUGAUUUCCCCACCUAGGGCUGUUCUUACAGUUGCUUGCCUCCUGAGCUGUCAGGGAGAGCUGGCUUUACGGUUGACACAGAAACAAAAUUUGAAACACUUGAGCAUUAGUGAAAUGUCACUGGACCUGUGGGUUUCUUUUUAACUUGAGCUUGGCCAGGUGGCUGAUCUCCCCCCGCACCCCCCAAACCCAGGAGGUUAUGUACUGCAGACUUGGGAGCUUUGAGAGAGGCGUGGAAGAGUUGUAGGUGGCUGGCAUUCCCAGGAACAUGCCAAAAACAUUUGCUUCCAGACCUACAGCAGGCCACCCUUCCUGGGCCUAUCGUUGGAAGUUAUUUUCCGAACGAGAACAUGCAGUUAUGUUUCCCUCCUGGCUUCUCCCAAGCAAGCAAGUAGGAAGUUCGGACAGUUUCAUAACACGUCCCAUUCACAAUUCCCCAUUGAAAUGUAGAGGCAGGUCACCUUCUAUGAAUACACAAAGACACUAUUGUGGUCAGAAGUGAGCUGGCUUAGUGAACACAAUUCUUUUUAUACUAAAAAAUUUUUUUUCUUAAGAAAGCUAACAAGUAGGUGAUGGAAACAAUGAAUAAAAAAUAACUUUCUAGAACGUAUACAUAAUUCGGAGGGGCUGCCGAAAUGUGAGUUUAGAAUUCCGAGGCCAUUCCAGCAGAGGCGAUAGUUACACAAUCAUGCUGUUGAAAGCUAAGAUUUAGAUGGCAUUAGGAGGCUGACACGCAGUAAUUACGACCAGCACUUGCUGGCCUGCAGACAGGUGGGGGUUGGGCCUCCAGAAACCCCCGCAGCAUUUUCCUGUAAUCUGGAUGAGCGAUCUCCAAACGUGUGCUUUCAAACUACUUAAAUACCAUAUUCUUCUUCCUAUCUUGGCCUUUCAUUUUUACAUCACCACAGAUACUUUCCCUGUGGUCUUGCCUGAGCUUGUUGGGUGCUGGGGGGUGGGGAAGCAUCACAUGCCACAAGGCCAGGCGCCCAGAGGGAGUACCGACCGAGCAGUGUGUUCUAAAAAAUGUUGUUGUUAGUUUUCUAUAGCUCUCCUUAAUCCAGGUAAAAUAAAUGUGCUUUUCAUUUUAAGCCUCUGAAGACCAAAAACAAAAAAUAAGGUCUCCCGAUAACUUGGGUUUCUUAAAUGGUGGGUUCUCCCCCCCGUUCUUCUUAACAGUAUGUCUUUGAGAGACUCAUCACAGGAAAAGAAAGCUUGACUAUUUGAAAUAAUAUUUGAAAGCUACUUAAGUCUCUGCCUCAUGUAUCAGAGCAGCUGGCUUUGGGAGAGUAAAAAGCCGAGGAUCAGUAAUCGCCCCAUCUUCACUUUGUUUCCAAAACAUUACUGUCUCUCCAUUUCUUUUUGCAUGAACAACAGUAAGCACUUACAGAGUGUUUUUUAGAUCUGUAGCUUAAAAAAAAAAAAAAAAAAAAGACCCUUGUACAUUCCCUGUACAGGAACCCACAUAUCCCUGUACGUUCAGUUGACCCUGACCGUGGUAAAAAGGAGAUGGUAGGGUCUGGUCGUUCCACUGCAGCUAGCAGUCACUUGCUGAUGUUCCACUUAGUGAUGAGUGAUGAUUGCGACCUAGCCUCUUUCCUGGACUCCCAGUCUAGUGGGUGACAGAUCUGUCCCUGAAACAGAGGACAUGUGAACCCCCUCCUCCAUCCCCCAGAACGCCCCCAGUCCUCGGCAUACCACCCGGCUCUGGGCAGCUACACGCGCAUGCUCUGGGGCACUAGAGCGUUAUGAAGCGUCUGUGCUCAUCCCAGAAGGGGUCAGUGUUACACAGAGUUGACAGAUCAUAUCCUAGUGUCUCAAAGAAAAAAAAGCCUCAACUUAACUCUAAGGAAGCAUGAAGAUGCCAAGAAAGCAGAGCCAGAUGCUAGAAGACUCCUCCAGCAAGAAGGGAAUGCAGGCUACUGGUUGACCGCAGAUCCCUCAGCCUCAAGCGUGGAGACCUCCCAGAGUAAGACACCAUGUCCACGGCAGGAGUUGCUGCUCAGGAGAUUAGAGUCCCAUUAAAAACUGGAUAUCUGCACGAUGGCCAAGCCAUGAGGACCGUGAGGACCUGCUGGGGCGGCCGCAGUGAGUUUGAAAAUCACUUUUUGAACAUUGACCCGAUCACGAUGGCCUACAGCCUCAACUCCACGGCCCAGGAGCACCUCGCGUCUCUCGGGCACGCGGCGACGCCUGCGGCGAGGGACGGCCCCGCUCAGAAGCCCAGCCUGGCCCCCCUCGUCAUCCCGCCGGGCGAAGACGGCGCGCAGCGAGGAGAGGAGCGCGUGCUGUGCGGUUUGCGGCGGCUGUCGGUGAACGGGCUGUGCGCGUCCCCUCCGCUCACCCCCGGGAGGAGCCCCCCGUCCCCCUUCCCCUGCGCGGCCCUCUGCGACCGGGGCUCGCGGCCGCUCCCGCCGCUGCCCAUCUCGGAGGACCUCUCCCUGGACGAGGCCGACUGCGAGGUGGAGUUCCUCACCAGCUCGGACACCGACCUGCUCCUGCGAGACUGCGCGCUCUCCGGCUUCAGAUACGACGUCCCCGGCCGGCGCAGCUUCCGCGGCUGCGGACAGAUCAACUACGCGUACUUCGACACGCCGGCGGUCUCCGCGGCCGACCUCAGCCAGGCGCCCGAGCCGCACGGCGCGGCGCAGAGUUCAAAUCCUCCCCCGCCCCAGAGCCACCGGAGACUGCGACGGUCGCAUUCGGGACCGGCCGGGUCCUUCAACAAGCCCGCCAUAAGGGUGUCCAGCUACAUACACAGAGCUUCUCCCAACUCAGACGAAGACAAACCCGAGGUGCCCCCCAGGGUCCCCAUACCUCCCCGGCCCGUGAAGCCGGAUUACAGAAGGUGGUCAGCAGAGGUUACUUCCAGCACCUACAGUGACGAAGACCGGCCUCCCAAAGUGCCGCCGAGAGAACCUUUAUCCCGCAGUAACUCGCGCACACCCAGCCCCAAGAGCCUCCCGUCUUACCUCAACGGGGUCAUGCCUCCCACGCAGAGCUUCGCCCCCGACCCCAAGUACGUCAGCAGCAAGGCUCUGCAGAGACAGAACAGCGAAGGAUCUGCCAAUAAGGUUCCCUGCAUUCUGCCCAUUAUCGAAAAUGGGAAGAAGGUCAGCUCGACGCAUUAUUACCUACUACCUGAGAGACCCCCGUACCUGGACAAAUAUGAAAAGUUUUUUCGGGAAGCAGAAGAAACACACACAGGCCCCCAACCCCAGCCCCUGUCUGCUGACUGCGGUGUCAUCCCAGCCGCAGACAAGCCGGACCCAAAAACAAAACUGGACCUCGGUGGCCACAUGAAGCGCAAACACUUGUCCUAUGUGGUUUCUCCUUAGGCUCUGCGGUCAUGGUUCAGCAGGGGCUUCCUGGGAGCAGAUGGUUGGCAAGCCACUCUCCCGUUCAGUGGAGAUUCACAGGGGAGUGUUCCAGAUCGCAGAGCAGAAUAGCUGAACCCUCCGUCUUAGAGAGAGGGUCAGAGCAGCCACCAGGCGCCCUCAGGCUGGGAAGCCCUGAUUUUGUUGGCAUUGCAGGAAAGUCUGUUCCAGCCUGGAAUGUAAAGCUGUGCCGGCGGGGAGGGAAGGCUGGGGAACCUUCGAUGUGUGUAUACAUUAGAGACCUAUAGAAGCCUGUGUGGCAGCCGCGGGCUGUAGUCGCGGGAUAACCAAUUAGUUGCUACCUUAGAGUAACAUGUAUUCAGAAUGUUAAAACAAGCUGGAGGACGACUCCUGACUGAAAAUUGAGCAAAUGGAAGAAAACACAGUAUUGUUUAGAUCCGAAUCAUUAAAAAAACAAAAAACAGUAAACAACCAAAAAAACCCAAAAACCAUUUUUGCUUAGUCAGUUUGAAAGGAUCUGGCUCUCGGGCCCAUGAAGUUCUGUCUCCUUUAUUUCUGCAAACAGUCUGUGCCACUGAGGGCGGGGCCCACAUCUGUCCCAUGGCCCUACCUGCCCAGUUUAAAAAUCGUCCCGAGGCCUGGGUCCCUCCAGUUUGCCUUCUGCUCCGUUGAGGGGAGGUUGGCAGUGUGCUUGGCAGCCAUGUUCUCACCUGUGCACAUGUCUCACACCUUGACAAAUGAGAAGUUACCAGAAUCCAUAAAUCAUUUUUCCUGACAGUUCCUGCUCUGUUCUGCCCACUAGCGUGGCCCAUCGUAGCAUGGGCCUCCCAGCUGUGGGAGGAGGGCAGGUUCAGGUCCUGUGGAGAAGCAGACCGUUCGCCCAUGGUCAGGAAGUCAGUUUUAAGCAAUCGUGAAACAGCUGUGUGACUGAGAGUCACUGGGAGCAUGUGUUGUGGUUUUGUGUUGGUGUUUUGUUUGUUUUUUUUUUUAAGACUGUAUUAAUACACAAAUACAGCACAAGCUGGCCUUGUGUUGCUGGUUCCUAUUCAGUAUUUCCCGGGGAUUGUUUGCUUUUUGAGUGAAACACUUGUGACCAAGAGCACAGUAUGUCUUAAUGGCACAGGUCACAUCAGCAUCUUCCUGCUUCUGGGACCGUCCCGAUUGGCUGCUUCACCCGGACUCAGUGAGACCCGUCACGUGUGCUGGGUUUCCACACGCUUCGACGUGUGGAUCUUGUAGAGACAGGCACAAAAGAGAAGGUGCUCACUAACAGAGGUACAUUACUACAAUGUUCUCUUAACAGUUCAACAAGCUGUUUACAGUUUAAACUGCUGAAUGAUAAGAUUUGAGCUAUUUAAAGCUUAUAUUUUAGUAUGAACUAAAUGAAGGUUAAGACAUGCUUUAGAAAAAAUGCACUGAUUUCUGCAUUAUGUGUACAGUGUUGGACAAAGGAUUUUAUUCAUUUCUGUUGCAUUAUUUUGAAUAUUGUCUUUUCAUUUUAAUAAAGUUAUAAUACUAUUUAUGACACCGUUAA